CCCAUUCCACGUUUCUAGAACGAGCUCAAAUUUUCAAAGUUGUGAUCGUAUGUAACUCGUAAAUACAAGCACUUGGUAGAACUGUCACGUUGUUCGGUUUAUUAUUAUCACAUUAUCAUUUUUUUAUCUUUCUUAUCAAAUAAUCAUUGUGUAUCUAAGGUUCGUUCAAUAAUGGAUUAAAAUAGUAGCUAUAAGUAAAUGGUAUAAAAGUUGAACAAGUGCCGCGACAGCAGGUAUACGAAGUAAAAGUGAAACAAAACCAGUUGACGAACGUUUAUUAAAAAUAUCUUACAAUAAUGAAUCUUAGUUGUGGUUCUAGGACUAUAAAAUAUUUAAUUUUCACCUUUAAUUUUUUCUUUGUGAUAACUGGUAUAAUUUUAAUAGCAGUUGGAGCAUCCAUACACGCUUAUUAUACGCAAUAUAACUUUUUCCUAAAUAGUGAAUAUUUUUCACUACCGAAUCUUUUGAUCGCGACUGGAACAUUGAUAUUCAUAAUAUGUUUCCUUGGGUGCUAUGGCGCUAUUAAAAACAGCUGGAUUAUGCUUAUGGGAUUUUCUGUUCUACUGGGUAUAAUAUUCAUAUUCGAAUUUUCCGCCGGAAUCGCCGGUUAUGUACUUAGAAACAAAACCGGAAGGUAUUUAGAAGAAGCAAUGUCAAAUUCUAUGAAAGAUUACAGCGUUGACGGUUCUGCAUCUUCUUUUAUGUGGGAUCUUAUACAAAGAGAAUACGAGUGCUGUGGUAUAACAAAUUAUAAUGAUUGGAGAUCAAUUAUGAACAACACGGAUCUUCCCAUAUCGUGUUGUCCCGCGAAACAAGGUCAGUCUGCAGAAUUUUAUUGUAACUCAGACACUGGGACGACUUCCACGACUACAGCUUCUACUAUUACCACAACUACCCCUACUAAUAGUUCUACAAAUACUACUGAGGAUAAUCCAGGUCGCAGAAAAAGGGAUGUUGUUCAAAAAACCUCAACAACUCCACCAUAUUCGAUUGGAUGUGAAGCGGCGUUUGGUAAAUGGGUUAGAUCCCACGCAGUUGACAUUGGAGUUGUCUGUUUUACCCUAGCCGUCUUACAACUGAUUGGAAUCGGUUUCGCUUGUCAUUUGUCCAAACAACUUAAAAAUUCGUACUACAGCACUUAAAUAAUUUAUAUAUGGCUAUUUUUUGACACACAAACCAAUAAAAGUUGAUUUUUUUUUGUUAUAUUGAAUAAAAUUUACUCAUAGUAUAGUUGCGUCACGUUUUGAUUAAAAUAUUCGUACACCUGGUAUAUUUUCACUCUUAAGUAGAAAUUAAAAAUCUAUAUUCACUUUUUAAACUUGAAAAAAUGUUAACUGUAUGCCUUUAUAAAUAAUUUGAAAUCGACAAGGAAUAACUUUUAUUAGUGUAGAAUUUACUACUAGAAACAUGCCGUAUGUCAGUUUACAUACAAUCAGAUGAUGUGUGUUAAUAAAAAUAAAUUUAAACUAACCGAAAUACAGAUCUAUUGAUAAAAAUCCUUUUUUUUUAUUCAGUGUAUUUAGGAUCGUACGUAUUUAUAAACAAAAAAAUUUUGCGUGUACGUAAAUAACAUUCUUACUGCGACUUUUUAUGUCAGGUUCUUUCCAACCCAUCAAAGGGGGCGGAGAAUGCUUCAGAACGGUCCAGAUUAGUAGGUUGGAACAAACCUAUCAUAAAACACAGUAUUCGGAUUCACACAGUGUUGCCAGAAUGUGAGGGAUUUCUUUAAAUAUGAAUGAGGCUGAAUAAAAAAUUUCAAUAGUGAAUGAUUGGUGGUUUUUAUAGGGAAAAGAAAAUUUUAACAGCAAAUUUCAUUUAACUUAACAUUUGUUACAUAUCUUGAAUAAAACAAAAAAAAACGCUUUGUUUAAAUCACUACAAUAAGUUACGAGAUGCAUCAUUCGUAUAUUUAAUUUUUAUAAUUUAUAUAUACUUACUUAUUUUACCAUUUUUAUUAUGGUAACAUCUUGUACUGAUCACCCAUCACUAUUUUGAAGAAAAUAUUUUUUCACUCGAUUAAUAGAAAAUUGUUAAAUAAAUCUGGCAACACUGGAUUUCCUUCAUGUUGUUAAUUUAUUCGAACGCCAUCUAUUCGACAUGUUAGGUUAGAUUCGACAUUCUUUAACGAACUUUAAACUGUAGAAUAUUUAUAAUCGGUAUUUCUUUUUAUUAUUUUAUUUCUAUGGAUACCAUUUUAGUACUCACCCUAGUGUGUAUUCUUCUUUUAAUUUCUAUUUCUAGUGACAGUUGGUUUAUGUGUUUGUUCUUUUUAUUAUAUUUAGACCGUCCUUACUUGGUAAGAAUGAACUUUUUUUUCUAAUUAUUACGUGCCAUGGAAUUUAACGUAUUCAGUUGAACAUAUACGAGAUUUAAAUAUGUUGGGUAGCUAUAAACAGUGGUGGAAUUUGUACAAUACACAAAAAAAACUUUCCUACUAUUUUCGAAUAUAAAUCGUUCACAGCAGUACUUUUAUCAUCGUUACCAAUUGGAGUAUGUUUCAUUUUAUAUUUUGUUGAUGUAGGAAUGUGUGAAAGAAAUCUGUUUUUAUUUGAUUUAUACUCCCAAACAAGUUUAUUUAAACUUUUCAACUUUUUGUGUAAAUACGUUGUAUAUUAAAACUAUACAGUAUGUUGUUUGAUGUAAUAGAUUUAUAAUUUGUUGAUUUCCAAUAAAAUAAAAUCGAAAUUGUUUUAAUUAUUAAUAUCCUUAUGAAAUAUUUUGAAUACCCCUCGUAAAAUUAGUAUAAAAACGUUUUCGACACAAACGAUCUGUCAAAUUUUACAUAUUAGAACGUCAGUUAUUAACGGCAAAUUUUCAAAGUCAAAUAUAUUUAAAAAUUUAUGAUGAAUUGCCGUUGUAAAAAGAAACUUCCUGAAAACUACGAAGAAAAUCGAGAAAAUGUUUUCCAAAAUAGAAUUAUGUACAGUGUCCCGGUUCAUAUCGGUAUGUAUAGGAUACACGACUGAUUCAGAACCGAAAAAGUGAGGUUAUGAUUACAUUAUAUCGUCUCGUUAGGUAUGUGGGACGAGGAAAUGGCUUUGAGGGAAGAUAAGAUGCGUAUAACGGCUUACAAGAGAGACCGCUGUCAGUUGCUUAUACAAAAAAAUAAAAAAAUGUUCCGUAACGUACUGAAAUCGACGGUACUAGCAAUCGAAUCACCUUUUGUAUUAUUUGGUCAAAACUACCAAGUACGAGCUAGUGAUUUUACCACUAAAGAUUCAUCUGGAUUUUGUCUAUCAGGUUUCUAGUAUCAAAAAUUAAUAAAUAUAUCUUUCUACAAUAACACACCAUAGAACGAAUAUAUAAGUUAUGGUAAUUUAAAAAAAAAAACAUCAGUUUUGUUAUUUUUUUAAUGAUAUUCGACUGCUUUUGAACGCGAUUUAAAACUUUCCAACAUCAAUUCAUAGUAUUUUAUAGGGGAUAGUUUUUACGGGGUUGAUUCAAAGUGUACUCAUAUUUUUAAACCUAACAAUUUAGUUAAUACCACAUUUUAGGUGUAAUUAACGAACGGGAUAUUGAUUAUAUACAACAUUUUAAACAUGGUUGUGGUUUAUCUGCUUCACCUUUAAAACAACCCUGCGUAAGAAACACUUUUAAGAUAAUGGGAACGCGGUCGAAUAAGGAAGGUCAACAAGUGUUUUUUGGGGAGGACGUCUUGCUACAAAUUUGUGAAAGUUCCGGUCCUCCCCUGUAUAUACAAUGCGAAAAUUCUACUAUGGAUUCUUUCGGUGGUCAUUUAUCUGUAAGAUUAUCCGAAUGUCCAGAUAUAUAUUGUAGGUACUACGUGCUAUUUUAAUAAUUUAUUAUAAUAGUUAUUACAAAUAAAACAAUAUUUAGGUUUAAAUUUUAUCAUUGGAAUCCUCAAAAACGUACUAAAACAAACGGUACUACCUUUAAACCAGAUACGAGAGUUAUUAUUCAGCAUACAGCGUCUGGUAGAAAUUUAGCCUUUGAGCCUGGUCAAUGGAUGCCAACUUUUUAUGGACCGGAACUACAGGUUAGUUUAAUAUGAUAAUUAAAUCUCUCUAUUUGAUUACAAAUAUAUAAUUUUAAAUUAGAUAUAUUGUGUGUGCUUUAAUUAUAAACUAGUGUUUAUAUAAUUAUAUAUUUAUCUCAAUACUACCCACGCUAAACGAACUACAAUACUGCUAAAUGUCAAAAUUUGACAACAUGGCAGUCCGACCUUGACGUAUGUCAUUUUUAGAAAUUCAUUUUUCUAAACAAAAUUCACAUUAUUUUAAACUUUUAUUAUACGUAAUACUAUUUCAACAUAUAAAUAUGGUAUAAAAAAAUCAUCAAAUUGAUAGAUCCAUUAUAUUUAGAUAGGUUACGAUUGUUCUGACUAAAUUGGCGCCAUCUAAAAGUGUAAAAUUGAGGUACUAAAUAGAAAAGUUUUAGAUUUUUAAACAAAAAUAAUGCUAUUUUGAGACUUGAAUUGAAAAAAUAUGAUAUUAGAAAUGUUUUAAUUGCAAAUGAAAGUAUUAUAUUUAGGGAUUUACUUAUAUUCAUACCAUUAUAAUAAUCGAUAAAAUGAUCGAUAUUUUCAAUGAGUGCUCAUCUAUAUAAUGGUUAGUCUAUGAUCUAGAUGUCAACCAUUUGACGUAAAAACUUUCUAACCUAAUUUUAUAUCACGGUCAGGUGUUUCCAGAUAAUUUUCACGAAUACUUUAUUGAUUUAGAUAUUUUUGAAAUUUAUGUACAAUUUUCAUAGAUUUGUAAAAUAUUUUAAUUUAUCCAGUUAAGUAUCAUUUUAGUUUUAUGUGAUAAUUGAUCCACAAAAUGUUAUAUUAUCUAUUUCGAUUUUCUUAGUCCACUAUAAUAGUUCUAAUAAUAAUUUGAGGAUAUUCUUUAUAUUGAAGCGCUCUAAACAAUUGAUUAGAAGAGAAAAUUAACUACGUGCGGAAUAAAAAUUUAAUAAUAAAGGUUUCCAAUGGUAUUUAUACUUUGUAUUAAUACUUUGUAAGUAUUUGAUGUUGUUGUUUUCAUCUACAGGUAAAAUACUGAAAAUCAAAUAUUUAUUUAACGUUGCAGCUUUAUUAAAAGUGUGAAUUAUUUAUAGGUAAGCUGUCAUACUUAUAGAGACAGUCACAAAAUGGAAACCAUUGAAAAUUUUUGGAAAAUCGUUACGAGACCUUUAUCAGACGCAGCUUUAUUAGUACGGGCUGCCAAAGGUGAAAAUAUCCCCAUGGAUUUAUUUGAAUAAAUAAAUUUUUCACGCAUACAUCUAUAACUUUGUUUAAAAUCAGGUUUCGUUGGGGUUGAAACAGAUUAGACACUAUUUCAAAAAAUAAAACAUUUUCCUAAGAUUUAAGGGUAUUAAGAUCUUUUAUUUACGAUAAAUUCUUGUAAUAUAACCGAAGGUGUUCAAAUACUUGAUUCUUUUUCACAAAUUUUCAAUUUUAGUCAUUAUUUUGGAUUAAUUUGAAGUUUUCGUCUUUGGUAAUCGUAUGGGUACCUUGUUUAUAAUAUUACCAGUUGGUAUACGCACUAAUAACUGAUAGAUUCUUGUUUUAUAACUGGUUAAUUCUUGUUUUAUAACCUGUUGAUUCUUGUAUUAUAACCAGUAAAAUACACGAAAGGGUUUAGAGAAUCACUUGGUACAACUUAUCAUUUAUUUACAGUAAGGUUGUGGUGUGUAAGGUAUUAGAAAAGAAACCAGUUAGUUUAAAUAAUAGUUUAUUGGCUUAAUGGUAUAACAACUUUUAGAAAAUAAGUUAAAAUUAUGUACAAUAUAUUCAUUUAUUCACAAAAAAAUAUCUCAUAAAAACAACGAAUCUCUUGGUUAAGAUGGUUUAAGGGGCUAGUGACUUUUGCAAACAUUUUUCUAUUAAAAAAAAUCUGUAAUUGGAGUGUGAGAUCGAAAGAAGUUGAUUUUGGAAAUUUACACUUUAAAUAUUGAGUAUUUUCGUUUUUUUUUUCACUUUU